CCCUCCCCUUCCCAAUGAGGAGGCCCCAGUGCGGGGGGAGGGUCAGGUGUUUUCCUCCUUCCGGGAAGAGCUUAGGUUUCCGGGGCUGGAGCGGGAAGUUAGUUGGAGCCGCGCGUGCGCGCGCCAGUUACGACCGGAGCGAAGCGGUUCGAGGGCCCGUCGGAGCCCCUAGCCCAGGUACCCUCCUCCUCCGCUGCUCGGGGCUCCAGUCCGGGCCCGGCGGGAUGGCCCCCACCAAGAGGCCCACGACCUCCAAGUCCCACGAGGGGAAGGCGCCGCCGGACAAGAGGCCUCCGAACAAGAAGAACAGCCGCCACGGCCCCCAGGAGCCGGAGCCGGAGCCCAAAAGACAGCGUGUGACGAGCCCCUGCCGGCCAGCGGGGACAGGCAGGGGCUCGGUCCGGAGCUCUCUUGGGCUGGCUAGUCAGAGGGAUCAGCCGUGCCCCAUCGUCCAGGCCAUCCACCGGCACAUCCUGGGCAGGGCUUCCCGGGCACCUCUGUGGCAGCAUCUCCAACGGUCAUUCGAGGGUUCUCUGGCCUCGUAUCGGCUCUUCCGAACCAGCAGCCCCUUUGAUAGGAGGGCCACCUGCCUGGAGUGGCACCCAACACAUCCCAGCACUUUGACUGUGGGCUCCAAGGGGGGAGACAUCAUCCUCUGGGAUUAUGAGGUGCUGGACAAAACCUGCUUCAUUAAAGGGAUCGGAGCUGGAGGGAGCAUCACUGGAAUGAAGUUUAACCCUCUCAACCCCAACCAGCUGUACACCUCCUCCAUGACGGGCACCACCAGCCUGCAGGACUUUACCGGCAACACCUUCCAGGUUUUCACCAAGGCGGACACCUGGGACAACUGGUACUGCGGGGUGGAUGUGUCCCCCGACGGCCGGAUGGUAGUGACAGGGGACAACAUGGGCAACGUGGUCCUGCUGAGCACCGACGGUGACAUGAUCUGGAACUGGAAGCUGCACAAGAAGAAAGUGACCCACGUGGCCCUGAACCCGCACUGCGACUGGCUGCUGGCCACGGCCUCCGUGGACCAGACAGUGAAAAUCUGGGACGUGCGCCAAGUCAAGGGGAAGUCCGGCUUCCUCCACAACCUGCCUCACGCCCGGGCCGUCAACGCAGCGUAUUUCAGUCCAGAUGGAGCCCGACUUCUGACCACGGAUCAGCACAGCGAGAUCCGCGUGUACUCGGCCUCUAACUGGACCUGCCCCCAGCAGAUCAUCCGCCACCCCCACCGCCAUUUCCAACACCUCACGCCCAUCAAGGCAACUUGGCACCCUCGUUACGACCUUAUCGUGGUUGGCCGUUACCCGGACCCCAAGUUCGAAGGCUUCACCCCCUUUGAGCUCAGAACGAUCGACGCGUUUGACGGGAGCUCAGGGAAGAUGGUCUGUCAGCUCUAUGACCCCAACUCAUCCGGCAUCAUCUCGCUGAAUGCGUUUAACCCCAUGGGAGAUACACUGGCCUCCACAAUGGGGUAUAACAUUCUCGUCUGGAGCCGACAGGAAGCUGUGGCGAGGAAGCAGGAGAAGCUGUUGAAAGUAAUAACUGAGCAGCGACUGGGCGGAGGGUACUCGGUCCGGUGGGAGACACCCAACAGGCCAGAGUCAGGACCCGGUCAGCUGAGAAAGAAGCAGCAUUCUCUGGAAGGGAAGAAAACAAAGACCAAAAGGAAAGACUAAGGAGUCAGGGUGGGUGUUCAGUAUAUCUCCGCUUCCUCGUUUUAGUGUGGAUAGAGGCCAGGGGCUGGGCAGGUGGGCCUGUAGCAGCAGCAGCAGCCGCAGCAGUUACGCAUCUGGACUUAAGCUGCCUUUCCUCCCCUUAGGGGAGGAGCAGGGCUAGAUUGGUGUUCACCCUUUUUUUCUGACUUUUCUCACGUUCAAUAAAAUUGGGCCUCGUGA